GGUCAGCGUGAGCGUCUGCUAAACAGCUGAUAGAACAACAACAACAAUGGCCAAGACGAGUGGAUAUUACUCUAAAUUCUACUCCAGUUUCUGUACCACGAGACAGAGGAGUGUGUGGCGUGACUCAGGAGGAGUUCUCUUGGGGUUUAACAUAUUAAAACUGUACGAGAACCCCGACAGUAUCAACCAGGAGGUGAAGACGGCCAAGAUAAUGAACUGGAAGGAGAAGACCGGCACUGACAGACUACGGCUCAUGUUUUCUUAUGAUGAAUUCGGCAAAAUGAGUCCAGAGAUGGGGAUGGUUGUAAAUGGUGCCAUGCUGGGAGCCUUCACAGGGACUCUAAUUGGAGGGACACUCCAUUCAAAAGAGAGUUUUAUCAAAUUUAUAGAACGAAACCAGGGAACUGCAUUCCAAAGCACAUUUGAAGCUCAAAAACAACUGCAAACUAAGGUGACGUUAGGAUUUGCUCGCGGUGCCUGGAUACUGGGCUGGAGAUUAGGGGUAUUCUGUGGAUCCUUUAUGCUUUUUACUACUAGUAUAUCUGUAUACAGAGGGAAGUCUUCAAUCAUCGAGUACCUGGUAGGAGGAGGUGCCACCGGGAUUUUAUUCAAGUUAAAGCAAGGACCCCGAGCCAUGGUAGCUGGGGGAAUAUUUGGUGGAGCUCUCGGGGCCUUAGCAGGAAGCGUGAAUCUCGCAAUCAUGUAUCUUACAGGUGUAACAAUGGAAGAGAUAAGAUACUGGCAAUAUGAAUGGAAGGAAGAACUUCAAGCAGACAAACAGGAAACACUACGUAAGGCCAGAGCUGCAGACCUCGACAUACUCACCAAAGCUCACGAAGAGAGAACUGCGUCAACAACACCAUUAUUAGAAGUAGUUGAGGACCAAAGUGCAAGUAAUAGUAUAAAAUCAUAAACUGUUACAACAUAGGAUGAUAUUGUUGUAUAAUAUAUAGGCACAUUUAUUAAAGUUACAAUGCAA